AUGGACCGCCUCGCCGAGAAGGCCCUCGUCGGCGGCGAGCGUGCAGAUGCUGCGGACCACUGUCUAGCUGGCAUCACGCGACUCUCGAACGAAGUCAAGGAUGCUUCAGGAUACCUACCGGCCUACGACCAAAGAACAUAUGCAGAGGCCAUCAAAGCCUUGCAAGAAAGACUCGAGGAGACACGAAAAGCCUUUGCGCCCAAGCCCAAGUUCUCUUUCAAAUCCAAAAGUCCUUCGGCCCUGUCCCUGAGCGACGCUGCCGAGAUGGCCGCAGAGAAACGUCGCGGUGUCCCAGGAGGUCUACGCUCGCCCGGCUCCUCCUUUGCAAACACUCCAGCUUCGACCAACUCACCGGCGAACGGGGCCGCCGACGCAGCCCAGGACGAGCAGCCAGUGGCCCUUCAAGAGAUGGAGGCAAGUCUAGCUGCCAAACAAUCCGGUUCUGGUCGAGCAAAAGCAUCUGGCACAGAGCAUCGGCCCUCUCUGUCGUCUGCAGCAACCACCAUUUCAAUCACCGACCAGACAAACACCCACAUCAUCCUCCCCUCGUCCAGCCUCCAUUCCCAAGCUCCAUGCACACUUCAGAAGAUCACCGGCUGCAUUGUCGAUCUUUCCGUCCCGACCACAGCGACAGCGCCAUUCGCAAGCCUCACCGUCAACGUUGUCUCCUCAUCCUUGCUGCUCUGCGGCUCAGUUUCCGGCCCAGCACAUAUGACAAAAGUGAAGAACAGCAUCCUGGUGAUUAACUGUCGUCAGUUACGAAUGCACGAAUGCGAGAACGUCGACGUCUAUCUCUACUGCACAAGCAGACCGAUCAUUGAAGAUUGCAAGAAUAUUCGGUUUGCCGAACUGCCCAAGCUCCACUCCGAACUCAUGUCUUCAGCUCAAACGGGGACACCAGCACCAGACACCGCCCCGAACCAAUGGAACCAAGUCGACGACUUCAAAUGGCUCAAGGCCGAACCGAGCCCGAAUUGGUCCAUCCUGCCCACAGAAGCCAGCGUUCCUGACGAGACCUGGCGGGAAAUCGUCCCCGGCGGACCCGGCUGGAGCGUCAAGGACAUUCUCAAGGCCGUGGGCUUGAACAAAGCGCCCAACUGA